AUGGCUCCGCGCGCGAGGCGCGGUGACGCCGCUCAACAACAGGCCAUCCACGAGUUUGGAAAACAGGGCCGAAAAACCGGCGUCUUCCUCCCCGACGAUGGAGCGCGCGACGAGCACGGCAUGCAGCCUCUCGAGGCCAUCUUUUCGUCGCCGCGCAAGGCGGCUGCCACCAACGGCACGCAUCAUGACGACGACGAAGAAGACGACUCCGGCAGCGAAGAAAUGGAACUGGCAUCCAGUGGUGGCCCCGGCCCGCGAACGCUGCUGCGGAAUCAGCGCAACACCAAGCUUCCCCUCCCCAAGAGCAAGUCGCCCCUCAAGACGAACCUGAAAUCCCCUGCGCGUAAGAACCCGCAUCUGGAGCAGCGUCUCUCGUCUCCCACCCGGCGCUCCCUCGGCGCCGACCGCGACACCACCGUCACCCGGCGCCUCGACUUUACCGGUAAGCCCGAGAAGUCGUCGUCCAAGCUCGGCAGUGCCAGGGGCAAGGUCAACGGCGUGGCCAGCAGGAGACGGAUAGCCCCGUCCAGUAGUGACGACGACGAUGACGACGAGUCGAUUCUCGGGGGCCACGCCGACCUGGCCGUCGACGACAUGGUGGAGGAGUCGCUGCAAAUGGUCGAUGCUAUGGGCGGCGACGAUGGCAGCAGCGAGCUCGUUGACAUGCGCGUCCACGAUGAGGUGCAGGAGUCGCCCGACACGGACGAGGAGGAGCCGCCAGCGAAGCGACCCAGGGGCCGACCGCCAGGGCCCAGUCGACCGAAGCCGGACGCCCAGCAGCCGCCAAAGGGUAAGAAACGGAGGUCGCUCAGGGGCUCGACCGGCGGCGACGGCGAUACGGGCGAAGCGCAACAAGGAGAGGACGAUGACGAAGAACCAAGGCAAGCAAAACGCCCCCGAACAAAGGCUCCGCCCGCUCCGAAGGCCGCUCCCGCACCGCCGAAGCCGCAAAAGGAACCCGCCGGCAAGACCAAGGAGGUCAAGACGGCCAAGCCCAAGCCCAAAUCCAAGGAGGCGCCGCAACCAACAGAGAAGCCAAAGGGCAAAGGCCGGCCGUCCAAGAAGGGCAAGGAGCUGGAACCGAUCGGAGAGGACGCUGGCGAGGCUUCCUUCAUGGCCCUGCAGCGCGGGCCCCCGAUGCCCAAAUCGCGCGGCCUCGUCUCGGUACGCCGCGACCCCGACGCCGUGAGCCAGACGCGGUCCGGCCGCCACUCGUACCGGCCCGUCGAGUACUGGAGAGGCGAGCAGGUCAUCCGCGAGGAGGAGGAACAGAACGACGCCUUCCAUCACGAUGAAUUUGUCGUGCCGACCAUCAAGGAAAUCGUCCGCGUCCCGCACGAGGCGCCGCCAUCCAAGCGCGCGCCGCGCAGCAAGGCCCGCGCCAAGGCCAAGGGCAGAAACAGCCUGGCUGUGGUCGAGGACGAGGAGCUCGAGGAGUGGGAGCUCAACCCGGGCACCGUGACGGGCGAGAUUGUGCUGUGGGAGCCCGAGCACGAGGAACACCCGCCCGCCGACGACGAACCCGUCCAGGUCAUGGACGACCGCAUCGCCAUCUCGGCCGACGCCAUCCAGACCUCGGACAUCAAGGACGCCACCUUUCGCUUCGCAAAGACGCUCACCAUGCCCUUCAUGGGCGCCGGCGUCGUCGACCUGCCCCCGGGCGCCGAGAAGCGGCCCAAGAACUCGCGCAAGAUGCACAUGGUGUUCUUCGUCCACUACGGCAAGGUCCUUGUUACCAUCAACGAGGCCCAGUUUCGCAUCUCGGCCGGCGGCACAUGGUUCGUGCCCAGAGGAAACUACUACAGCAUCACAAACGACUACGACAACCCCAGCCGCAUCUUCUUUGCGCAGGCGUGCGAGGUGCGGGCCCCCGACCCGGACGCCUCGCAGGUGCAAAACGACACUACGGCGCUGGGUUACUGA